AUGUCAGAUUCAACAAAACCACCCUCUAUUUCCUCGUGGCAACGGCCAGGCAAUGCGCCUGAUUCAGGCCCAUCCUCGUCAUCCUCACCGUCGCCGAGCUCCGACGCUGCGCCCGCCAUCGCAUCCGCAUCCACACGACCAGACCUGCUAGACCAAGCAUCCCGGUUCCUGGAAGAUGAAUCAAUCCGUUAUGCACCCACUGAUCGCAAGAUCUCGUUUCUCGAAUCCAAAGGCCUGAACUCUGUCGAGAUUCAACAGCUCCUCGGUGUGUCCCGAAACGUCGAGGCGAGCAGCGAUAGCGGGGACGCUGCCGAGAGCAAGACACGGGAAGAAGCAACACAGUCGUCCCCCGAUCAGGCCCAAUCUUCUUCCUCUCCCUCUUCCUCUUCCUCUCUGACAUCUGCACCCGCGCCCUCCGACGCAAUGUCGCCCUCGCCCUCUGCGGCCACACCCGCCUCGAUUCCGCGCGACGUGCCCCCGAUCAUCACCUACCCGGAAUUCCUAUACGAGCAGUCCAAACCACCGCCACUAGUCACGAUGCGCAGUGUACUCUACACGCUCUACGGUGCCGCGGGUCUCGGCGCCACCGCGUAUAGCACGAGCGAAUAUCUAGUAAAACCCAUGCUGGCAACCCUCUCGAGCGCGCGCCAUGACCUGGCCACUACCGCCCAAGAGAACCUGCAGAAGCUCAACGAGAAGCUCGAGCAGAAUGUCUCGGUGAUCCCGGCGCAUCUCACAGCCCGCAAAUCGCGUACCGCCUCUGAAGAGGAAGAAGCCGACGAAGACACCGACUCCGUCACCUCCGAUCCCACAGAGCUCUUCCACCGCGACGUCGCCACACAAACCAGCCCAGACUUCCCGCCGGCUUCAAAGUCCUCGAAUUCUCCAAAUGCAGUGCCUUCACCAAGUACGGCGGUCACUACCCACCUUACCAGGCUCGAGUCUAUCCAGAACCAACUCCGAGAUCUCGCCGACACCGAGAAAGACGCCAGCGCCCUGGAUGACUCGAUGCGCUCUCAUCUCUCCGAGCUCCACCACUACUGUGAUGGGUUGAUCUACAGCGCGCCCAACUAUAGUACACCCGGCGCUUCGUACGGGGUCUACGGCGGAAACAUGUCAGGAUUCGAUAGUGGCGCUGCCGGUGUGCGCAAGACAGAAGACGAGGCCAUUGCAAGCUUCCGGGCUGAUAUUCGUGGUGUGAAGGGUGCGUUACUGAGUGCGCGCAACUUUCCGUCCAGUCGGGGUGGGAGACUCGGUAGUAUUCCUGCUGUAGGAAGGUGA